ACAAUCGAGAAUUAUGAACGUUAAGUCUGUAGGCUAUAAGUAAUUUGAUUAUAUUUUUCUAACCACUUAGAUUUUGAGAUUAAUUAUUAGCGCUAACGAUCCGACAAUAGACUCAUACAAUUUAUUCCUCUGCUUCUUUAUAACGUUCUUCAAGGUCAAAAUAUUUAUGGCGCGCUCUUCUGCGCCUAAAAUGAUCCCCUUCAAAAUUUAAUGUCCUCUGUGCUCUGCUCCUCUUUCAUUACCACACCCCAACCCCUCCAUUUCUCCACACCCCUCACAUCACUCCACCACUUCUCCUCACAACACAUUUUUGUUCAACAACUAACUAAACCCCUCAAACACCACCACCACCACCUCCUCCUCCUCCUCCCCUUCUUCAUAUAUUCCACCCCCAUAAAUCCUCUUUCUAAAGCACACACAUUUUGUGUUGUCCCAAAUUUGCUACAACAUAAACCCCUCCCCAAAAACAAGAAAAAACACCACCAUGCUCAAUUCCACUCUCUUCCUCUCUUUCCUCCUCUUCCUCCUCCUACUGGCUUGUUCGAUCACGGCGCUUACGCCGGACGGCGUAUCGCUCCUCUCCUUCAAGUACGCCGUCCUCGACGACCCCCUCGCGGCGCUCGCCGACUGGGACUACGCCGACGACACCCCGUGCUCCUGGAACGGUGUCGUCUGCGCGGAAUUCCCUGCAAUCACCAACAGCAGCAGCAGCAGCAGAGUGAUCGGCCUGAGCCUCCCCAAUGCUCAAUUGCGAGGUGCCGUCGCGCCGGAGCUUGCGCUCAUAGAGCACCUCCGCCGCCUCGACCUCUCCGGCAACGCACUCGCCGGUCCGGUCCCCGCGGAGCUCGCGCUCCUUCCCAAUCUCACCACUCUCUCUCUGGCCAAUAACUACUUCUACGGCGAGCUCCCCGCCGGCGUGUCGGAUUCCCUCGAGGUGUUCGAUGUGAGCUCCAACCUCAUCAACGGCUCCCUCCCGCCGGGUCUCGGCACGGGGAGCCUCCGGUACCUGAAUUUGUCGCACAACCGGAUAAGCGGCACGGUACCGCCGGAGCUCGGUUCGGCGCUUCCCGCGAACGCCAUGAUCGACCUCUCGUUCAACAACCUCACCGGGCCAAUUCCACAGGCCGGAGCUUUCACCGCACAGAAUGCGGUUGCCUUUGCGGGGAAUCCCGGUCUUUGUGGCUCGCCGCUUAUCAAGAAAUGCGCCAUCUCCUCCUCGCUCUCCAACGCUCCUCCUAACAAUGUCUCCGCCGCCACGGCAACUCCCCCGGUGUCCAAGGCCUUUGCGGCGAUACCCGAGAGCCCGAAUGCGGAUUCCUUAGCUGGGAAUGGCGGCGGUGGGGGAUCGGCAAGGCCACGGGGGCUCAGGCCGACUACUAUAUUCGCGAUCGCCGCUGGAGAUUUCGUCGGAAUCGGAGCACUCUUCGUAGUGUUCUUGUACAUAUAUCAGGUGAAGAAGAGGAAGCAUGAGAGUGAAGGGAUUGAGACGAAGCAGGUUGAAACUGCCGCCGACGACGAGGAAAAUGUGCAAGAGCUCGGCGGCGGCGUCUUUUCAUGCUGCUUUAAAAAGCACGACUGCGGCUGCAGCGGCAGUGGCGACGGCGAUGGCACCGAAGAGAGCUCAGAAACGUCGGCAUAUGCUGCGGCGGAAGCAAUGAAAGGUGAUGGAGAGCAAAAGGCUACACUAGUGUCUGUCGACGGAGAGACGGAGAUAGAGCUCGAGACGCUACUGAAGGCGACGGCGUAUGUAGUCGGAGCCGCCGAGCGGGGAAUUGUCUACAAGGCAGUGCUCGUCGACGGGACGGCCUACGCGGUUCGACGGAUCGGCGAGGGGAGAGGCGACGGCAGCGACAGCAGCAGCGGCAUGGGGAAGUUUAGGGAAUUCGAAGCGAAUGUGCGCGCCAUCGCGAAGCUCCGGCACCGGAAUGUGCUUCGGCUCCGGGGGUUCUACUGGGGACCCCAGGAGAAGCUCCUCAUCCAUGACUUCGCGCCCAACGGUAGCCUCAACAACUACUCUUUCACCGAUAAGGCGUGCUCGCCGUCCCCGUUCCACCUGAGCUUCGAAACACGGCUGAGGAUCGCAAGGGGCGUCGCGAGAGGCCUCGCAUUUCUUCACGAUAAGAAGCAUGUUCACGGCUACAUAAAGCCGAGCAACAUCUUGCUAGACGCCGACAUGGAGCCGCUGAUCAGCGACUUCGGCUUGGAUCGUCUGUUUUCUGUCAGCAGCAGCAGCAGCAGCAGCUCCAAGCGGAGCAUGUCGGCACGGAUAUUCGGAAGCAAGUGGUCUACAGCCGACCUCCCCGACCUAUCAAGCCCGUGCGGCGGCAGCUCUUCCUCGUCUGCCACGCCGUACCAUUCGCCAGAGAUGACACAGAAUCUGAAACUCAGUGCAAAGUCGGACGUGUACUCGUACGGAGUGGUUCUGUUGGAGCUGAUCGCCGGGAGGGUGCUUUCGGAGGUUGAGGUGUGCCAAUGGGAGUCCGGGUUUGCAGCACCACAAGCAGAGAAGAGCAGGGCUAUGAGGAUGGUGAAUCCAGCGAUGCGGGGAGCCGCCGAGGGGAGGGAAGAAGCUCUGCUCAGCUGCUUCAAGUUAGGGUUUUCUUGCUGCGCAGCGGCUCCGCAGAAGAGACCUGCUAUGAAAGAUGUUCUGCAAGUGUUAGAGAGGAUAUGCAUUUGA